CCCAUCACACCAGCUAUGAGUUCAAGUACGUCUCAAGCUCCUACCGAAAGGAUGAGCAGUAAAAGAAGUGAAUUCAACGAUGGUAGAAAAAGACCCAUCUAUUCUUGGUCUGAUUCAUUCAGAGAUUGGGUAAAACAAUCAUUCUAUGGAAAUUAUACUGAUCUUCAAGUUGAAUCAAAUUUAUUAUCUGUCUUACCAUUUUAUCCUGAAUCAGAUGGGAAAAGAAUCGCUAAAGUUAUCAAUACUGAUAUUGGAAAUGGAAAUUAUAUUCAUGAAUUAUAUAUUGAAAAUAUCGAAACUCCCAUCCAUCCUGAUUUUGAACAAGAAUCUCAAAUCAUAAAUAAUAAUGGAGUAAUAACCACCACUAAAAAUCAUAGUCCUCGUGAUGUGGUUCUUAUUCAUGGAUAUGCUGCCUCAUUAGGUUUAUUCAUUGAUAAUUUCGAUUCAUUAUCCAAAAUACCAGGAAUAAAAAUUCAUGCUAUUGAUUUAUUAGGAUUUGGAUUCUCGGCUCGACCAAAUUUUCCUAAUUUUAAAUCUGAAACGGCUGAAGAUGUUAAAAAAACUGAAGAUUGGUUUAUUGAUGCUAUUGAAAUAUGGAGACAAAAGAGAAAUAUAAAUCGAUUUGUAUUAAUGGGUCAUUCCUUUGGUGGUUAUUUAAGUUGUUGUUAUGCAUUAAAAUAUCAAACCAAAUUAACUAAUAAUUUAAAUCUCAUUGAUAAAUUAGUCUUAAUAAGUCCAGUGGGUUUAGAACGAAAUAAAUUCUCAUUAUUAAAAAACAUUCAAGAAUCUUAUAUUACCAAGUCAUCCCAAUUACGUCAAAAUGAACAAUCAUCCUCCCGAGAUAUCGAACAAGAAGUAUUGGCCAAUCAAGAAGAAAUCGUCUCAUCAGCAUCAACCACCACCUCUACUGCCAAAUCAAUCAAUGAAGAAGCCACUCCUAUGAAUAAUAAUGAAUCAAGCGCCACUAGUGAAGAUGAAAUUGAAGAUGAAGAAGAUACCACCCCUAAAACCAGAAGAGCUAAAAUCAUUCGUAAAAUGUGGGAUAAUAAUUUCUCCCCCUUCUCAAUCGUCAGGAAUGUGGGUCCAAUGAAAUCAAAAUUAAUCAGUGGUUGGACAACUCAUCGAUUCUCUCAUGUAUAUUAUUCCAAUCCUCAACAUUUUCAAAACAUGCAUGAUUAUAUAUAUAGAGUGUUUAAUGCUAAAGGGUCAGGAGAAUAUGCUAUAACGAGAGUAUUGGCAUUUGGAGCAUUGGCAAAAUUACCUUUAUUGGAUAGAUGUCCUGAGAAAUUUGUCGAUUGGAAAUUACCUACCUUAUGGUUGUAUGGGGAUAAAGAUUGGAUGAAUGAAGAAGCAGGAGAAGAAAUGACAAAGGAAAUUAAUCAAUUGGCGAAGAAGAAGAAUUAUAAUGAUGAAUUAGCCAGAUUUAGAAUCUUGAGUAAUUCAGGUCAUCAUUUAUAUCUUGAUAAUCCUCCUGAUUUCGCAAAGGAGAUCUUUUCAUUCUUAAAGUUGAAAAAGUAAGUAAGAAUAAUUUAUUUAUAUAUAUAUAUAGACGU